CUCGCUGAUCCACCACAGUGGGAAAAACGACAUGUUGAAGAACAGAGACAUCUGGAGAGGCAGACUGGAAACGACCUCGCUGUCUGUCUCUCGCAGCCUCCGAGCAGAUGCAGCUGCAUCCACGUGGAAGUUGUGAUGCCGUGGAGGAAGAGGAGCAGCCAGCUAGGAUGAAAAAGAUUCCUGAAGACAUGUACUACAACUAUGAAGAACUGUACUCAAGACCAGUCAUCACUGCAGACUCAGAGAUCCCGGAGAACCUGCUACAUCUUACGCACUCUUUUGGAUAUGACUGUGGGCGCAGAGCCAACCUGCAGUUACUGGACGAACGAUCGCUGGCCUUCGUGGCUGGAAACGUGGUCAUAUUUCUGGACAUCCAGACCAAGGAGCAGCGCUACCUCCGGUCCUGCAGUGGACAGGGCAUCGGCACCAUCAUGGCCCACCCCAGUAAGAGGUACUUGGCUGUGGCAGAGAAAGGGGACCAGCCCAGCAUCAUCAUCUAUGAGUAUCCUUCACUACGACCAUACCGCAUUCUUCGAGGGGGGACAGUGCAGGCGUACAGCUUUGUGGACUUUUACCGUGAGGGCUCCCUCCUGGCCAGCGUCGGUAGUGCGCCGGACUACAUGUUGACCCUGUGGGAGUGGAGACACGAGCAGGUGAUCCUACGCUGCAAGGCCUUCUCACAGGAUGUCUACAGAGUCACCUUCUCACCUGACAAUCCUGGACAACUCACCACCUCUGGAUUGGGACACAUCAAAUUUUGGAAAAUGACCAGCACAUUCACUGGCCUCAAACUUCAAGGUCUUUUGGGAAAGUUUGGGAAAACUGCCCUGACGGAUAUCGAGAGCUAUGUGGAGCUGCCUGAUGGGAAGGUGGUGUCAGGGUCUGAGUGGGGAAACAUGCUGCUGUGGGCCGGGGGCCUGAUCAAGGUAGAAAUCUGCCGCAAGGGGGGCCGGACUUGCCACGCCGGUCCCAUCCAGCAGUUUGCCCUGGAUGAGGGGGAGCUCAUAACCAUCGGCACAGAUGGAGCCAUUAAGUGCUGGGACUUUGAGAGCAUUGACACAGCAGAUUGUAACGACGACACCGGUCUAUUUGAGAUUGAGCCCAUGAACGAGAUGGUGAUUGGACGUAAUGUCAGCCUGAGCUCCAUGGUGAAGAGCUCCCUGCCAGACUCAUUUAUCUGGUUUGCCCAGGAUUCCAAUGGAGGCAUCUGGAAACUGGACCUUUCAUUUUCCAAUACUACCCAGGACCCAGAGUGUCUGUUCUCCUUCCAUGCUGGAGUGAUCCAGGGCAUGGAUGUGUCCACCACCAGCCAUUUGAUGGCCACCACUGCUUUGGACCGGUCAGUAAGGAUUUUUGACUUCUUAGCAAAAGAAGAACUAACAACCAGCUGGUUCAAACAAGGUGGAACAACGCUGACCUGGGCCCCACGCUUGGUGAACCCCAGCGGAGGACUGGUGGUGGUGGGCUUUGAGGAUGGGGUGGUCCGUCUGCUGGAGCUUUACAACCCCCAGAGCUUACGAGUGAUUGCAGGGCACAGUCGCGACGGAGACGCAGAACUCCGUCUCAAACAGGCCUUCAAACCCCACAGUGCACCUGUGACUGCCAUGGCGUAUGAACGCAACGGAGAAAUCCUGGCUACUGGGAGUAUGGACUGCACUGUAUUCUUUUUCAGUGUGGGGGACACAUAUGCCCCUAUUGGCUUCAUCGCAGUCCCAGGACCUGUACAAGGGCUGGAGUGGUCCCCCCAGUCACAUGACAAGAACACCCUGUUGGUCCUGUGUCGGAGUGGUCACGUGAUGGAAGUCCUGUCUCCAGACCCAGAGGCCCAGACCCCAGGCACCACCUACCGCAUCUCUGGCCUGCACACAAGACACUUCACCUUUAGCAGCAUCAAGUCACACAUCAAGCGGGAGGAGGAGAUUGCGCGCAGGCUGGGUCUGAAGGCAAAGAGGCAGAAAGAGAGAGAGGCGCAACUUAAUGAAGCCAAGGAGCAGGGCCAUGAACCUACUGAAAUGGAACUGCAGGAGGAAGAGGAGGAUGAGGAAGAGCUUCCCCCUCUCUACAAGCCUGAUCCCCCGAGCCCCCUUUACUGUGGCUUCUACUCCCAACCUGGUGCUUUCUGGCUCUCCAUGGGAGGCUAUGACUCAGGGUACCUGUACCACUGUAUGUUCUCAGACAAGCAGGACGAGGACCCGUUACACCGUCAAGACCAGCCAUUUGCUUUCCAGCCUGUCCAGAAUACGGAUGAGGACCCCAUCCGCACCAUCAGCUUUAGCUCCAGCAGGAAGCUGAUGCUGUGUGGCCUGCACUCAGGCAGUGUCCGGGCGUAUCCUCUGCAGCCACCCGACCUCGCCCUCACCUCCAUGCAGGCCUUCUGGUCCCUCGGCGUCCACGACAACCAGAACGGACACGUUUGCCAGCUGCGCUGUAGCUACGACGAUCAGUUUCUCCUGACGACGGGGGAGGACAGCAACAUCUUCUGCUUUACGCUGCUACCCCAGGAGGACCUGCUGAACGCUCUCCAGCGCAGCAAGGCCAGAGUUCCCUCACCGCGGGUUGGCAUGGAGAUGGAUGGUGUGGUCCAGGAUAUCGACGACCCUUCGGCAUACAGCAUAGAGACAGCGAAGCAGAGGCUGGAGAUGGAGCGUACGUGUCGGGAGGCUGAGCAGAGAAAGGCGGAGCGUCGUAAGAAGUUGGCCGAGUUGCAGAGCCAGUUCAAACAGCUACUGCAGAAGAACCAGAGUCUGCCUGAACACAUUCGCCUGCACCACACGGAGCUGGAGUUGGACUCUCGGUUUCGUGAGGAGACGGAGAGGAUGACUGCCCAGAGGGUGAGGGAGGCCAGGAAAGAGCUGUCCUGGGAGGAGGAACGACACCGCAUUGGACUCAAAAAACUACAGGAGAGGUUCUGGGAAUCUCUGGAAUCGGACACGGUUUCCGUGGUAGCAUUCCAGAGCGACCACAGGAUCUCCACCUAUCGCCUGUUGGCACUGUCCCAGAGGUUCCACGAGCUGAAACAGAAGGGGAUGGCAGGUGCCACAGGGGCUGGGGGACAGGAACGCUGGAGGAACAAGGCUGAGACUGGCAAAGACAGCUCCAACAUCAUAGCGGACCAGGAGGACUUGGGUGGGGAGGCUGUGCUUGCUUCCCGUGUGGUGCGUCCAAGGGGCAGCAAGCUGGCGGGCCGCCAAGCAGAUAAACUCCGCAAGGCUACUGAGAAGGCUGAGCUAGCUCGGGCUAAGAUUGACAAGAGGAGGAAGGAAUGGGCUGAACUGCUUGCAGCCAAGCCCAAUGAGAACUGUGAGGAUCCGGAAGAUGUACGAGCCAUCCGAUUGGCCGAGGACACUAUGGGCGACUUCAAGCUGAAAACCACCAAGGACUUUACGGUUCCAGAGCACCUGAGGAUGAAUGCAGAGAAGAAGAGGGCUCAGUUAGUCCACCUAGAGGAGAAGAUCCAUGAGAAGAAGGCUCAGAUGAACAGUCGUAUCAUGACCCUUAGGGAUACUAAGGUGAGCCUUUUGUCCCGCCUGGGCUCACAAGCCCAGCAGCUGCAGGCUGUCCAGGAACACCUGGCACCCCAUCUCUGCAGUCCUGCACCCACUCUUCCCGCUCUCCUGCCAGAGGAGACCCCUGAGAGGAAGCUCCGCUACACCCGCUCCACGCUGCAGCGCUGUGGGGCACUGAAGGCUCGGAGGUCCUGGACCCGUGGUGGGGAACCAGAGGGGGGCCAGACUCUGCUGGAACUGUUGGCGUUAGAGAAAGAAGGGGACGAGGGAGGACGGGAGACUCCCUGCCAUACACCUGCAGAUAGAAAGGAAGAGAGGGAGGUGGGGGAGGCAGCUGGUCUGACAGGGCUGGAGGAGGAGAUGAGGAAGGUAGAGGAGAUCAGGCUGCUGUAUGAACAGGACACCUUGCUGGAACAGAUGUCAGUGUCUAUGUGGCAGUUCGAUGCAGAGUUGCGCCUGCUGCGUCAUGAGAAGCUUGAGUUAGACAUCCAGAUGAAGCUGGCUGAUCUGCGUCAUGUCACCCUGUUCCAGGAGCUCCUGCUCCUCAAAGAGUUUGAGAAGAGAGAGAACUCCCUGCAGGAGGCACUGAACGCCUGCAUGGAGGAGGAGGAAGACCUCAGGUCCAGGCUGGAGAAGUGUAAGCAAGCUCUAGAGCUGAAGCGGAGGGACAUAUCCAAACUCCAGGAGAGAGAGAAGGCCAUAGCUGCCACCUUCCUGGCCUCUCUGGGGGAGAACAACAAGUUUCUUGAUUUUCUCACCAGGGUCUUCAAGAAGAAGAUUAAACGUGUCAAGAAGAAAGAGAAAGCUGCGGAUGGCGAAGAGCAGGAGGACAGUGAUGAAGAUUCUGAUGAACAGUCUGACUGGGAUGAUGAUGAGGAUGACAGUAACUCAGAGAAUUGCGGUGCUCUGGAUGACAGUGUCUGCCCCCCAAAUUGUGACCUUGAGCUGUUUGAGAACACGGUGAAGCUGCGAGAGCUUCGCCUGGACCUUGAGGAGCUGCUGGUCGAAGAGAAGAAGAUUGCAGAGAGCCUGAGAAAAGAGUGUGACUGCCUUGUUAAGAAGGAAAAGGCAGUUCAUAGUAGUCUGAAGGCAGCAGAGGGCGCUCUGGAGCUUUUCAACAGAGAGAAGCAACAGAAGCUCAAUGAGUUGGAUGUGGUGGUUCCACUCAGACUGCACCAGAUAGAGUUUGUGAGCAAUGGGGUGGUGCCGUGCAGCCUGGCCCCAGCGCUUGUUCUAAACACGGUCACCUUGGGACGACUUCAGGAGAGGAUUAAAGAACUGCAGGUGGAGAAAAGUGAACAGAGAGACCUCUACAAACAGGCCAGGCAGCGGCAUGUCCAGCUCAUUCACGACCGCAAGGACAUGGAGGCCAAGAUACAGUCCCUUGAGGCGCGCUGUAAGCAGCUGAUGCUGAUGAAGUUCGGGAAGCUGGUGGACCUUGAGGCCUUACAAACACUGUCUGGCAACAGAAACCUAGAGGAGAUGAGACAGGACAGCAGAGUCAGAGAGGCCACAUACACACAGGAGCUUAGGCAGUGGGAGGUGAAAGUGACAGAGGCCCGUCAGAUAUUGACAGAAUUGACAAGGCAUCACACCAAGCAUCUCUUGAGUAUGAACAGCCUGCUGUGCCAGAAGAAAGAACUGGAAGACAAACUCAACACUAGACAGAGCAAGAUGGGUGCCCAUUUCCUGGCUUGUCAGCCUGCUGAGGCGAAGGAGGAGAGGCAAAGGCUUAACAAGCUGGUCCAGAGUCAGGCCCAGGAGGCAGAGGCCCUCCGCCAAGAGAUCAGCAUUCUGUCUAGGAAAGGGGGUAACAUCCUGCCCCCCAGUCAGACCCGUCUGCCCCCGGUGUCUGCUGCCCUGGCCAGCCACCGAUCCACCACCCGACCCAACUCACAGAGGCUCAACAGACACUUUAAACUGGAAGGAGUAGAGCCUAAACAAUCCUGUAGAUAAUACAUAAACACAUAUUAUUCAAAGAUAACAAAUUCACACAUGAACAUUUGUUUGUGCAUUCACAAACACAACUAUGUUAUUGUAUUUUUGCACACCUACCACACACCCACUGCACACUGUCCCCUUCCUCAGAUACAUAUACCUGUUGUAAACAAGAAACAGACAAAGCAGACAAUUAACUGGAUUUGAUUUAACAAAGGGGUUCCUUUUUGGUGUAUAGCCUGUUUUUCUCUGGGGGAGAUGGAAACAGCAGAAAAAAAUAUCAAUAAAGUAUUCUAUUGAGAUAAUGGUUGCAGCGUUAAUUUCGUCAACAAAAACAGUAAGGAGCCGACAACUGACUAAAUUGAUCCAGAAAAUUACAAUGAAUAAAAAACUUUUCAUUUUGGUUGAAUAAAACGAGACGGGACGAAAUUGUGUAUAUAUAUGUAAAUCACGACUGACGUUACUGGACAAGAGGGGUUUAGAAAGAGGGAGGACGAAACAAGUUCGAAGUAUGU